AUGUCGUUAGCGUCAGUCACCUACGGACUGUCCAUCACCACCAUCGUCCUCUUCGGCAUUGUUGCCCUCUUCCUGGCCCGCCGCCGUCAGCGAGUCAAGAAGGACGAUACCGAAUUCUUCUUGACCGCUCGCAAUUCAGUCCCCCUCAGAACCAUUGCCUGGUCCUUCUACGCUCAGGGUGUCGGCGCCUGGGUCAUCUUCUCGAUGCCUGCGUACGUCGUCUCGGCUGGAAUAGUCGGUCUCGUUGCCUACUCUAUCUCCUGUGGUCUCCCUAUCCUCAUCGUCGCCCAAGUCGGCUCUGUCCUCCACCGCAAGUACCCCGGCGUCCUCUCCCUCGGUGAUUUUGUCCAGUGGCGUUUCGGUACCAUCCCUACCAUCGUGGUCUCCUUGGUCAUGCUGCUCAACAUGUCGAUUGGUCUCUGCGCUGAGUACACCUCAAUUGGAAACUUGAUGGAGUUUGUCAUUGGCGCCCCCCGUCUGCCCAUCAUCCUCUGCGUCGCCAUUGUCACCUCGAUCUACACUGCUGCCGGAGGUCUCUACGUCAGUAUCUUGACCGAUGUCGCUCAAGGUGCCUUUGGAAUCGGUCUCCUUGUCAUCAUGGCCGUCUAUGUCGCCGUCACCUUCCGCCCCGAAUCGUUGCCCACCCCUUUGCCCGAUGGUCUCGGACCCAACUACUGGGGCUGGGCUGCUAUUGCUGCCAUGCCCAUCUCGAUGACCUGUGCCACCCUGUUUUCGGAGGGUCCCUGGCAGCGUAUUUGGGCUUCUGCCGAUGACAGGGCUUUGAAGAAAGGUUCAAUCUUGGGUGCUGCUGCCUUGGUUGUUGUCUGCUUCCUGUACGGAUUUGGCGGUUUCCUUGCCAUUUGGGCUGGGUUCCCUCAGUCUAGCACGGACGGAUCGACUGCAUUCUUCGAUCUCCUUGGUGCCGGUAGCGAUACUGCCCCCUCUUGGAUCACCAUCCUUGCUGCUCUCUCGACCGUCACCAUGAACGAGGGAUGCGUUGACUCCAUCCAGAACGGAAUUGUUGACACCCUUGCCUCCCGAUUCUUCCGCGGAAAGAGCGUCUGGUACCCUCGUGUCCUUGUCUUCGUGAUCAACAUCCCUACCGUCUUUGUCUCCCUCCAGGGCUACGACAUCAUCAUCCUCUUCCUCAUCGGCAACCUUAUCUGCACCAUCUGCGCUGUACCCCUGUUGUUGGGCUUGGUCGAUCGUUUCGAGGGCUACGUUACCGGCUGGUCGUUCAUCACUGGAAUUCUCUCGGGCUUCCUUUCGAUUGUUGUCUUUGGAUACGUCAAGGUCGGUGAUUGGUACGAGGGUCUCCGCUACACCUUUGUCACUGCCUACGACUGGCCCUCGUUCGUCCUGCCUUUGAUCUUUUCGGCCAUUGGAGUCGCUAUUGCUGCCUUCAUCGAGGGUGCUAUCCGCAAGGCUCUUGGUCUUGCUUACCCUGUCCCCCUCUCGUUUGUCCCCCAGGGCCAUGGUGACGCCAAGACCCCCGAGGAGCAGAGCAUGAGCUCUUGCGAUGCCGAGUCUGUUCCCCGUGGAUACGAUCAGAAGCAGGAGGUAUUUCAGGAGACCUCGGCUGUUCGAGCUCAGUAA